AUGGGCCCAAGGAGAACACAUCGGAAGUCACGAAAUGGCUGUCCGCAAUGUAAGGCACGAAGACUAAAGUGCGAUGAGAAAUAUCCAUGUACGAACUGUACCAAACAUGCCAUUCAAUGUUCCUAUGUUAAUCGUGGCAUAUCAACUCCGGCUGAGAGUCCAGCUACUGGAUCAGAAUCAUUGGCUUCAUCUUACAUGCCGUCGCUGUUAAACACAGAGUCAUACCCGGCAACCCCUGCUGGGAACCUGGCAGGUCUGGGUGAUGCCAAGCCCAAGUCAGAGCGUAAGUCGGGUCUACUACAAUUUCUGUCCGACUCACCAGUUGAAACUCCGACCUUGAACGAAGAUGACUGGGCGUCAGACCUUGAACUCAUGCACCAUUACUGCACUGUGACAUGCAAUACACUGACAAUCCGUGAGGACUCACGACAUGUGUGGCGCAUUGUUCUCCCUAUGGAGGCAUAUUCAAAUAAGUACUUGAUGCACGGACUAUUGGCUCUGUCAGCUCUGCAUCGCGUGUCUCUCUUCCCAACCCAGAAAGCGAAGAAUAUCAAGGCCUCUGCAUACCACCAGGCGGCUGGGCUAAAAGAAUUUCGAGAGCUCAUUUCCUCUCCAGUCGACCCUAGCAACUGGCAGCCCGUCUUCUGCUUUGCUUCUAUGGUCAUGGUACAUGUCUGUGCUUCUCCGAUCCGACUGGGCGAGGAUCGUUGGCCAGCCCCCAUAUCGAAUAUGGUGGAGCUCUUUUCUGUAGUCCAGGGAUUGCAGACUCUCAUGGAGCCAUGGUUACGCUCUCUUCGAAGAACCAGGCUUGCACCGCUUGUGAACAGCGUCUGGAUUGAAAGUGAAAUGCUCAUUACAAGGUGGGCUUUUGAGUUCUUGCCAUCCGACAUCGUGGGCCGCCCUGCGACCAUACACCAAUCUCUACUUCCGCCCGACAUUCAGACUCGAAUAUCACAACUCCACCAAUUUAUUGAUGAUUAUCCAUUCCCUUAUAUACAACCCCAGUCCGAGCAGGACUCGAGCGCCUCGCAUGAAUUGCCAUGCCCUGUCGAACGCCGAACAGACUACAAGCGCUCCCUGCUGUUCUUUGAAAACUCGACUCGUCAGAUAGAGCUCGCAGGGACCCACGUUGAGGUUGGAAUGGUCUUAAUGUGGGCGUACUCACUUUCUAAACAAUUCCGAGACGAUUUGGAAGCAUCCCAUCCUGCAGCUCUGGUACUGCUGAGUCAUUGGUGUGUGCUGCUGCAUAUUGUUAACGAUCUCUGGUUCAUCAAAGGCACUUCAGUUCAACUACUUGAAGAUAUCGAGAUUAAGAUCAAUCCCGGCUUUAGGGAGUGGCUGGUAUGGCCGAGAAGAUGGGUUUUUGGGAAAUGA